GACGUGGGGGUACUGGGAGCUGUGGGAGCAGCGGUCGCGGCUUCAGUUCUAGGCUACCCCGCCGCCCGGGCGGGAGCAGGGCGAGAGGAGCUGCAGCCCCAAGGCGCUCCUGUUCUCGGGGACCCUGAGCCCGCCCGGCGGCGGCUUCCUGCCUCUUUUCCUCCAGAGUGAGGAGGGCGCAGCGGGGGUCAGAGCCCAGAGGGCAAGGGAGGUUCGGUCCCGCGCAUGGCCUCGGCGGGUGCGCGGCGGCUCCCAGCCGGGACGCGCGCGGCGGCCCAGCGUUGCUGCGGCUUCAAGCUCCGCCCGGGCACGCGCCCGGCUCCGCCCCCGGGCCCUCCGCGACCGCCACGACCAAUGAGAUUUCUGAUGUCUUGCAGCCUUUUCUUGCCCCGGGCUGCCCAGGUCUUGGGGGCCGAGGUUAGCUUACCUCCCACGCGCUCCUUCAUGGGCUUUGCUGCCCCCUUCACCAACAAGCGGAAAGCUUAUUCUGAGCGUAGGAUCAUGGGGUACUCAAUGCAGGAGAUGUUUGAAGUGGUGUCCAAUGUCCAGGAGUAUCGUGAGUUUGUGCCCUGGUGUAAGAAGUCCUUGGUGGUAUCUAGCCGUAAAGGUCACCUGAAGGCCCAGUUAGAGGUUGGCUUUCCACCUAUUGUGGAACGUUAUACCUCUGCUGUUUCCAUGGUCAAACCUCACAUGGUCAAGGCUGUUUGCACUGAUGCCAAGCUCUUCAACCACUUAGAGACCAUUUGGCGAUUCAGCCCUGGUAUUCCUGCCUACCCCCGAACUUGCACUGUGGACUUUUCGAUUUCCUUUGAAUUUCGUUCUCUGCUGCACUCCCAGCUGGCUACCAUGUUUUUCGACGAGGUUGUCAAGCAGAAUGUCGCUGCCUUUGAGCGUCGGGCAGCUACCAAGUUUGGUCCAGAAACAGCCAUCCCCCGUGAACUGAUGUUCCAUGAGGUGCACCAGACUUGAGGCAGGAUUGUUCCCUGGCCUCUCCUCUACUUUCCCUCCCAACCAAUUCUCUUAUUUAUUUCUUUGGCUCCUGCUCCAAUCUAAGGGAAGAGUCUUUGUUUAUACUGAUGUUCUCCCUCUCACUUCCCCAGAAAUCGGGUUAUAAGCUGGCUGGAAAUGCUGGGGCAGAAAGGCAGGAGGUUAUGGAAAGGAGACAUGCCUAGGAUAUGGUCAGGCUCAUCUUGCGAGCCCCAUAUGCCUGAUGUCUGCAUCCUACCUACAAUGAAUUAUAAUCAGGACAGUUGGUUGUCUCUGGACCCUAUCAAAGUGUCUUAGUAUCUGACCAGGGGAGGAUAGCAACUUUCUAGGGAAUGAAUAAACUGAGCUUUUUCCUCUGACAGAGGUAUUGAGUGGUCGAUAACUGUUGCCUGCCUGAGAUGCCUCAGGAGUUGCCUGAGAUCUGGCCCCAGCUUGAAAUCCAUAUGACCUCACUUUAAGAAUAUUUCCAUGCUGCCUGGUUAGUGGAGAGUGAGGGUCUUUCUUAACAUCAGUGCCCAGGGGCAAGGAGAAAAAAAGCACUGAAGAGAAUUGUACUCUUGGAUUGUAUCUUUUUCUUCUACUUGGCUGAGUUUUUAUAAAAUUUCAAUAAAUUAAAUGUGACAGUA